GCCGCCGGCCAGCUUCUCCUGCCGGCCCUCUCCGGCUGAUCGGCUCCUUCUGAGAAAGUUUAUUAGGCUCACCGGCAGAAAGUAUGUUAGGAGAAGAUCAGCUCAAAAUACGCUUGUCCAGAAGGAUGUGAAGGAGCAGAACUCCAAAUUUUCUUGUUUGUUGCAAGUUCACAGGCUGCCUGCUGUUUCCCGGGGAGAUCAUGAAACGACAUCGGCUUCCUAGCAGCAGUGAGGACUCUGACGACAAUGGCAGUCUGUCUACCUGGUCCCAGCAUUCCAGAUCUCAGCGUCGCAGGACUUCGUGCUCCAGAGAUGAGGACCGGAAACCUUCUGAGGUGUUCAGAACGGACCUGAUCACUGCCAUGAAGUUACAUGACUCCUUCCAGCUGAACCCUGACGAGUACUAUGUGCUGGCAGAUCCCUGGAGGCAGGAGUGGGAAAAGGGAGUUCAGGUGCCUGUUAGCCCAGGGACCAUCCCAGAACCAGUAGCCAGAGUGGUGUCCGAGACAAAAGCCGUCACCUUCACGCGGCCCAGGAAAUUCAUCGUGUCCUCGGGCGCGGAGCCGCCGGAGCUGGGCUACGUGGACAUCCGGACCCUGGCGGACAGCGUGUGCCGCUACGACCUCAACGACGUGGACGUGGCAUGGCUGCAGCUGGCCAAUGAGGAGUUCAAAGAAAUGGGGAUGCUGGAGCUGGAUGAGUACACCAUGGAAAGGGUGAUGGAGGAGUUUGAGCAGCGCUGCUACGAUAACAUGAGCCACGCCAUCGAGACGGAGGAAGGGCUGGGCAUCGAGUACGACGAGGACGUCGUCUGUGACGUGUGCCAGUCUCCAGAUGGAGAGGAUGGCAAUGAAAUGGUGUUCUGUGACAAAUGCAAUAUCUGUGUGCACCAGGCGUGCUACGGGAUCCUGAAGGUGCCCGAGGGCAGCUGGCUGUGCCGCACCUGCGCGCUGGGCCACCCGCAGUGGCACCAAGUGGGUGCACGUCAGCUGUGCUCUCUGGAUCCCAGAGGUGAGCAUCGGAAGCCCUGAAAAAAUGGAACCCAUCACAAAAGUUUCCCACAUUCCCAGCAGUAGGUGGGCACUGGUGUGCAGCCUUUGUAAUGAAAAAGUUGGAGCUUCUAUACAGUGUUCAGUGAAGAACUGCAGAACAGCCUUUCACGUCACGUGCGCCUUCGACCGCGGCUUGGAGAUGAAGACCAUCCUGGCAGAGAACGACGAGGUGAAGUUCAAGUCCUACUGUCCCAAGCACAGCUCCACCAAGAAAGGGGACGCUGAGACUUUGAGUGAAAGCCCAGCUCAGGAGAACAGGAAUGGCAUUCAGGACACCUCCCUUCCUGCCCACAUGGACCCUUUCCACAGCAUGGAUCAAAACCAGGAGGAGGCCCACAGGGUCAGCCUCCGCAAGCAGAAGCUCCAGCAGCUGGAGGACGAGUUCUACACUUUCGUCGAGUCUUUGGAAGUGGCCAAAGUGCUGCGGCUGCCUGAGGAGCCCGUGGAAUUCCUUUACCAGUACUGGAAACUGAAGAGGAAAUCCAAUUUCAAUAAGCCUUUGAUUACCCCAAAGAAGGAUGAGGAAGACAAUCUGGCUAAGCGGGAGCAGGAUGUUCUGUUCAGGAGGCUGCAGCUCUUCACACACCUCCGGCAGGACCUGGAGCGGGUGCGUAACCUCACUUACAUGGUGACACGGAGAGAAAAAAUCAAGAGAUCUGUUUGCAAAGUUCAGGAACAGAUAUUCAACAGCUACACAAAGCAGUUGGAACAAGAAAGAGUUUCAGGUGUGCCUUCCUCCUUCUCCUCCAUGGAAAGCACGGUGCUGUUCAACAGCCCGUCGCUGGGCCCCGACGCGCCCAAGAUCGAGGACCUGAAGUGGCAUUCUGCGUUCUUCAGGAAGCAGAUGGGCACUUCUCUGGCCCGCUCCUUGAAGAAACCCCACAAGAGGGACAGGGUAAGAGACAGGUCUGGGAAUGACAGCAAGUCCCUGCUGGCACAGCCCAGCCCUAGGGAAGGAGGUGCAGCUCCAGGCAGCUUUUUCAGUUUUGACAAGCCCUUGGCCGAGGCGCGGGUCGGGUCAGCACAGCAGAAGAACGGCGUGGUUCUAGCGGAGCACAGGAAGAGAAGGGACAACCGCCCACAGUGCGAGGGGGCCAAGGCAGAGCUGAAGGAAAAGACUCCUAAACACAACCACAAACCCCUGAGACCCACGGAACUCUCUCAGAGGCAACUGGAAAACAAAAGGGCUGUCAACCACUCGGGUGGGAGGUCAGCAGCGCCUGGCACUCGGAGGGAUAUAGUGCCUAAAUGUAACGGGGGUCUGGUCAAAGUGAACUCCAAUCAGACAGUAGUUAAAGUGCCUACCACGCCCACGAGCCCGGGGAAAAACUGGGGCGGAUUCCGAAUUCCAAAGAAGGGGGAGAGGCAGCAGCAGGGGGAGGGCCUGGAGGAGGCCUGCCGCCAGAACUCGGGCUACCCCUACCUGGGCAGUGUGGGCAGAGUUGCAGCCAAGGAGAGGACAAAGAGCAAGUUAAAGCCUGACAGCGAGAACGAUGGCUACGUCCCCGACGCCGAAAUGAGCGACUCGGAGCCCGAAGUGGCUGAGAAGAAGUGCAGGCAGCAGAGGCUCAGCCCCGGCAGCAGCAUGGGCAGGAGGACGGACAUCAUUCGCAGGAGCAUCCUGGCCACCUGACUGCACACAGGGUGGGGUCACCAGAGUCACACUGCCUGCAAGCCAACUCCACCUUACCCAUCGGGGGGAGAGAGGAGCAUUCUUAGAGCUACAGACUGACAGAAUGGAAGCCCAUUUUUCCUGAGUUGUAUAAGUAUGUUUACAUGCACUUAAAGCUGUUUUAAGCUCUUUGAUUUUGUUUUGUUUUUUUGUUUUGUUUUUUUUUUUCCUCUCUCUGCCCCAUCCACACCCCCUCACCCUUCCCAUUUCUGUGAGAAGGGUGAAUCUCCCUUAUUUGCAACUUUCUUGAGUAAGCAUAAGAGUGACAUUGCUACUAAAACAGGAGUUGGGAUGCACACAACUCACAAAAAUCUUUUACAAGGGGCUGGGGGAGGGCAGGAGGAAUCAGGCUGCAUUCAUCCCUUCUAGCUAAAAGGCACUGAAAAUUUUACUCCCUCCCCCUGACUUCUGGAAAAGCACAAGCUCUUAAUUUAACUCGUGUGUAUUGAAUGGAAGAUGGUUGUUAGACCAUCCUGCACUGCACUGGUAAGUCCCAUGACAAAUGCUCCCCAUCCCUGGGCAGGGGCUGCCCUCUCUCCUCUCUUUGCAGAAUGUGUUCUGUUGUGUUCAGUUGGAGCAAACCCCUCCCUGUGCUCCAGAGUUUACAGUCAAUGAUGGCCAGGCACAGCCAGUUGUUGCACUGGAGGAGGAAGAGGAGAAGGAAGGGACAGGACAGGGCUUGAGAGAUGGGGACUGACACAAAGGAUGUUCCCAAAUGGCUCAGUUCUGAGCAAGGGGCAGGUUUGGGGGUUCCAGCACUCCAUGGAAUAACCUGUCACCCGUGGUCAGGCACCUGCCUUUGGGAGUGUGAUGACAAUUCCUGACAGAAGUUUUCUAUGGCACUAGGCAGGAGGAUUUCCCAAAGGCCACCACAGAUGCACUAAUGAUAUGUACUGGGAGAGUCAGGCUUAUGACACUAAAAGGUUGCUUUAAAUGGACACAAAUAUAUAUUUUUAAAUAGAAUAAAACUCAAAGGCAAUACAUUGUGAUUAGCUCUUUACAGUCAAGCAAAGAAAAAAUUAUUUCAUUCUAUGAUGGAUUAGAUUUGAUGGAAAAGGGAACUUGUAUUCUGACUGUGUACUUUUUUAAUAAUUGCAAGUGGCAAUAAUGAGUAAGCUGUGAGCAAUAACAUGAACAGGUUGUGAGGGUACUGUUGUUUUGUACUGAGUGCACACACUGCAGUGGAGCAUUAAGAGCCUGUCCAUUCUGGAAUUUUUCAUAGAUGUAGGAGAGGUAUGUACUGGUGAAAAAGCAGCAGCAGCAAUGUGUUAAAGACAGGCAUAAAGAACCUCCUUCUCCUCCCCUUUCCCACUCCCAGCCUGCUGUUAUGGCAUCCACUCACCAUGGAAUGCCUGACCCUUGCCUCCCCAGGAGGGAGCACUGACAACACAGAAUUCCUCUGCCAUAGGACUGAGGAUUCAAUCAGAAAGUAAAAAAGGCUUAACACCCUAUCUUGCUAUGCAAGUUAAUGUUAUCAAUUAAAUAUUUCACCAGAAUGCAUCCCUCUUUUAAAACUCUUAAGUCUUAACCUUUUGAGGAAGGCAAAUUUUAUGUAAGAUAAUACACUUUCAAAAUCCUGUUGCUGGUCCCAAGAAGUCUCAAGAAUAAAGACAUGAUUUACAGAGGUGAAAGUCAGGCAGGGCACUGGUGACUGAGGUUACAUAGCCACUCUUGGCAUGUCUUCAAAGUAUAAACAGCAGACAGAGAAAAGGUAAAAGCCAGUAAGUUCUACUCAACAUGCAGCAACAUUCUCCAGACAGGCACUGGUAUUUUCUGUAAGAAAGACGCUCAUGACCACACAGGAAUUGUCAAGCCAUAGAUGGAAUAGCCUAAAUUUGGAUUCUGAGUAAACCUUUAACCUCACCCCCUUGGACAGAGGUACCUUGUUAAUUUGCACUAUAUGAUGAUACUUGUGUUGUGCAGAGUGAAUGCCUUAGCUGCUGUGGGCAGGAAGCUUUGGGAGCUUUCCAGUGGAGCUGCCCCCAAACCAAAAAGGCUGUGCUGUGGGCAGCUCUGUAGGUUCCUUCUGUCCCUGUGCUUGGCCCUCAGCAGGAGGUGCUGCAGGUACUGCAGUGACAAACCCACCCCUGUGUUUUACUGGGAUUUGCUGGAUUUCUGUUUCCAAGUGUGACCUUUCCUUGUGCUGACUGACCAAGAGAUCUUUGAUAUGAUCCGUGUGUUCUGUCCAACCGUAGGCUAGCUGAACGUCUGUAGAGUUGCCUGGAAUGCCAUUUGUUAGGUUAUAAACUCACACAGAUCUAAAUGAAGGGUUCAUGUUGUGUACAAAUCUUGAUUUCAGAAGUUUGAGACAAUUGUGAUGACAUUUGUAAAACUUGUACAGAUUUUUCACUAUGUGCCUAGCUUUGGUGUCCAUUCAGCUGAAAUUAAUUAAAAAAAAAAGGUGCAUGAAGAGAAACAGAAAUAAAAAAAUAUAUGUAGAGAUGACUAUUUUAUAUUACAUGGCCCAAUCCUGUAUUUAUUUUCUCCCUUUUUUUGAAGUAUUUCUAAAGACCUAGUUGAAACAGCUGUAUUUUUUGUUAAAAUAUUCAGUAGAAUUGUGCCUUUUGUCUGUAUGUGAAUAAAUGCUGUACAUUUUUGCAGUAUCCUUG